UUUCAAUUUCAAUUCCCUCAACUUAUUUAGUUAUCAAGACUUCCAUCGUACAUCUUAUUGUGGCAAAGAUGCUGAGCUUUAACCAUCUUUACCUAAUAUGCAACAUUCUUGUUAUGAUUAUAUUAUUGCCAACAUAUGACUGUAGAGAGUUGCAGCCAAACGAUGUGAAUCUCAUAGUGAAGACAUGCAAUCAAACCCCUAAUCCUAACCUCUGUAUUAAACUCCUUGAAGCCGACCCUCGUGGUCGUAGUGCUGAUGUUAGUGGCCUAGCAUUAAUCACGGUCGAUGUGAUCAAGGCCAAAGCAAAUGAAGGCUUGAAUAAGAUCAAUCAACUUCUUAAAGGGGGUGGAAAUAAUAAAAGAGCUUUGCUUUCAUGCGUUGACAAGUACAAAACUAUUUUGGUAGCUGAUAUACCACAAGCCACUCAAGCUUUGAAUUUUGGAAACCCUAAGUUUGCAGAAGAUGCAACAAGUGAUUCUGUUGUUGAAGCUACUUCUUGUGAGGAAGGCUUCGGUAGGAAUUCACCAAUCACACGUGAGAACAAUGAUACGCGUGAUGUGGCAAAUGUUGCAAGGGCAAUUGUUAGGCUAUUACUCUAAAUUCUCAAAAACAUUGUCAUGCCAUAUGAAUUCUAUGUUGUUGGUCUAAAAUAAAUUAGUCAUUAAUAAAUUGCCCCAAAUGUAAGAGAGUCAGGAGGGGAAUUAUUGUGUUAUAAUGAUGUCUACCAUGAUUAAUACUAUUGAAAA